AUCAAUAAAAUUGUCGUAACAAUAACAACUAUGUUAUCGUCAGUUAUGAUAUUGUGUUUUUUGUGUGCACGGAUAAGUACACAACAGACGCUAAAAGCGUCCAUGAACGUGGAACCUCGGAACUGCGACUCGGUGUGUCGCGACUUGCCACCCGGUGACACGCAGCCAGUGUGUAUGAUGGCCAGCCGAUACAAAAAAGGGUACCUGUAUUUCGCAAAUCAUUGCCAAGCGAGACUCGCCAUGUGUAUAGAGAAUUUUGUUUUAAAUAUGGUUCAUUGGAGAAGAUGUCAAAGAUACGGACUACAUUUAAUGCCAAAUCCCUCUUACGUAUAUACUGCGAAGUACGAAUAAGUAAAACGGAAUAUAUAUAUUUAAAAAUACAUGUUUUAUUUAUU